AUGGAUGAUCUCUAUAUAACCACAUACUCUCAAGUCGAUGUCUACGAAAGCACUUUUAAAGGCAUGCCCUUGAUGAGACGGUGCGAUGACAAUUGGGUUAAUGCCACUCAGAUAUUGAAGAUUGCUGGCUAUGGAAAGGCACAGAGGACCAGAUUAUUGGAAAAGCAAGUUCAUCAGCAUAUUCACCGAAAGAUACAAGGUGGCUUUGGCCGGUUCCAGGGUACCUGGGUGCCACUUGAGUUUGCUCGUGAUUUGGCAGAGGAUCAUAAGCUUCCGAAGGAUCAUGUUAAGGUGUUGUAUUACGAUCCUGAUUCCGACGAGGUCUUGUCCAAGAAAGCUAGUUCCAAACCAAGGCCCAAUUCCAAGUCUAAGUCCAAGUCCAAUGCAAAUCCAAGGUCCAAUCCCAACCCGAAACAGAAACCCAAGACUACCAUCAAGAUGAAUCCUAUUUACAAUGAUAACGUCUCUAAAAAGCGUAUUAAGCAUCCCGUUGCAGAAUCGGCCGAUCAUCAGACGCUGAAAAAGCCUAAAAAACGAGGUCGAAAGCCAAAGAAAAAGGUUUCCGAGGAAGACGGGAAUCCUGAAUACUCUCGUGAAAAUGGCCCAGCUGAAUCUGAUCCAACCGUAGUUACCUCCACUGGAAGCUCACUGCCCCCUACUUUUGCGAUGUACGGCCCUGGGAACGGAAAGGCUGUGAAACAUUCAUAUUCAGUUGAUCAAAACCACCCAACAGUGGCCUUACAGCAGAUGGAGGUGGUCAGAGAUACUGUCCCACUAUCUUCAGAUCCACAGCAAGUUCCUCUAUCUUUAAAUGCUUCUCGUUCUCAACAACAAGUCAAUCAAUUCACCUUUGUGAACGCUAACGGAAAGUCCAAUCAGCAGUCGGUCUAUCAACCGCAGCCACCACCUUCUCCUCCUUCUUAUUCUACCCAUAGUCAGUAUCAACUGCCGUACAUUCAAGGUCAGCAGACCUAUACACAGCAGCAGAAUGGAUCAAUCAUUGGAUAUAAUCAAUUUCCAGAAAAUGAUGGUCACUACAUCAAUAACGAUUUAGGUGCGUCUGUAUCUUCGGAAGGCAUGUCUUUAAAAAGUCAGGGCAGCCUACCGCAUCAGCAGCAACGGCAGUCUCUCAUUCAACUGCAACAAACAUAUUUUAUGGGUCCUCAGCAACUCCUUACCCCUCAAUCGCAGCCCCAGAUGUUGCAGCAAGCUGAAAUUAAUGGCGAUGUAGAAGAGGAUUACGACUACUACACUGAACGGCUGUUGAACUUUUUCAGUAAUGAUAGUGAACCGAUUCCUGAAUUUUUAUUCAAUUCACCAGAGGACUUUGAUGUGAACAGACCAAUCGAUAAUGAGGGUCAUACUCCGCUACAUUGGGCAUCUGCGUUAGCUCUACCAAGUAUUGUUGAGCUUCUUCUUUCAAAGAAUGCCAAUCCUUUGAUUCUCAAUAAUGUGGGAAUGAACAGCCUCUCGAAGUUAAUCCAUUUCACAAAUUCAUAUGAUACCAAAAAUUUUAGUGGUCUAUUGCAUCUGUUAAGGCAGUGUCUUAUUGUACCUGAUGCUGAGGGCCGGACCCCGUUGCAUUAUCUAGUUGAUCUCACCUCUGAAUCCAGUAAGAUUGAUUGUCUGAAAUAUUAUCUCAAUGAAAUUGUCACUUUCAUCGGAAAUCAACAAAAAGAGGCAGAAAGAGUUGCCGGAGAAGAAGCUCCCCAUAAGGAUCUCUUGAGGAUCCUGAUUAACCACAGAGACAAUGAUGGGGAUACCGCUUUGCAUCUUGCAUUGAAAAACAACUCGUUUUAUUUUGCAAAGGCUUUGAUCCAGCAUGGAGCAGAUAUCGACUCGGUUGGUAUUAGUAAUAUUCCUUACGAGUUAUUCAAAGAAGUUGGGAUGGUUGCCGAACCAACUUCACAUGAUCACGAGAAUAAUCAGCAUGUCGAGGUUGCUAAUCAUGAUGAUGUCAAUGAUAUCACUAUAUCGGAAUCUACUGUUACAAGGGAUCAGACUCUUCUACUCCAGGAUACGACUACUCAAAGUGGAUUUUAUCAAAAGGAUUCUCCUAUCACCAGAACGCUGGAUACCAAUGAGAAUAAAGAGAAUAUGUUAAAUGAUUCUGUUGUUACUAAGGACUUGAAGCCCAAUAGCAUUUCUAUCUCUACGGUUUUUGAUGCUGUUUCCAAUGCCAACGAUAAUAGUAGUCCAAUAACUUCAACUCCUUCAAAGUCUAAAAAUGUUCAUAGUAAGAGUACCAAUCCGGAUAGCAUAAAUGCUUUUGAGCGAAACUUUCCCAUUAUGCUUUCGAAAUUGGCUGAAUCAAUCAACGAUGAAAUGGGAAAUAAAACUGAGGAGAUUAAGCACAACAGCAAAACCAUAGGGAACUUGGAUAAAGAAAUCGAACUGUUGAACAAUAAAUGCUCCAAAUUGUUGAAAGGCAAUUUCAGUCCCUUUGAAGAAGCUAAGUUUAAUACCCUUUUGAAUUCUGCUCAUUAUGACAAGCUGUGCUCUCUCCUGAACGAGAAGGUAGCAGGCUUCAAAAAGGCAGUUAUUUUUAAGCGAGAACGGUUGUUCAACGACUUUGAGCGUUCACAGGCUUUAGAAGUGGCCAAAUUUGUUAAUGAAGAGGAAACAAAAAUUUCCAGUGAUGAAGUCCCUUCUAUAGAGAGUCCCGAAGAGACUAUCAAUCUUGCAGUUGAAUUAGCUCUACUUCAAAUAGAAAGAAAAAAGUUAGUCAAUAACAAAGUGGAGUCUAUUGCUGGAGGAACUGGAAUUGAGCUAUGGAAUGACCUCUCAAAAGGACAGAACGUGGGGUCUGUUACUGUCUUUAAUGAGGAGAUUAAAAUGCAGGCCAAAAUGUAUUUGUAUAAGAAGUUGAUCUCUAAUAUUUGUGACUUACCGAUGGACGAGAUCAACAAGGAUCUUUUGGAUGGCAUCGAGAUGAGACUUGAGGAGGGACAAAUAUCUGCAUGA